CUUUCUUCUCCUCCUUUUAUUCCUUACUUUUUGCUUUUAAAAAAUUACCUUUCCAGCAAGGACUAUGCGUGACUCAUCCACCAGUCCAGUCCAGUCCACACCAUCCACAGAGUCAUCGGCAUGUAGUGUUCUGAGUCAUGAAAACGGAAAACAUCUCGAGAUCGCCGUCAUCGAAUCCACAAUGAUGGUUCAUGAAUACGAUUCCAAAAAACAACGACGCGUGCGCAAAGCCCUGACCGUAUUUAAUGUGAUUGUUGAAGACAAACACCAAAAUUUGUCACUUAUACGAUACGUUCCAGACUUUGUUGAAUUUGACAAGAUGAUCAAACUGCAUUACCGCAAAUGCAAACUCUCCUUGCCUCCAUUGUCAGAACCAGAUCUAGGCGUAGACGGUAAACGUGCCCGUACACUGAGAUCCUUCAUACUCAGUCUGUCGAAACUACGUUACGUAAAGCCCAAUUCUGAAAAGAUCGAGUGGUACUUGCGGAGAUGCGCACUCGAUCCGUUUAUCAGUCGAUCAUCUCUGUUUCGAGAUUUCUUGUCAGCCCAGAGAGACGAAGACAGUGUGGGAUCCAAAGAUGGAGUGCAACACUAUGUUAACCGUCAAUGGCAAGAGAAUCAACAAUCUAUCCUUGCACAAGACGAUGUAUUCUCAUUGGACCCUCCUACCCAAAUCCAGGAAUCAACUGUGCCACAAGCUAUUCUGCCACCUACCCCGGCACCACUUGAAUGGCAACCUGCCUCAUCCACAUCAGAAUCACUUUCCACCGCCUCAAUGCUCCAAUGUCAAUCUCAGAUGAAGGAAUUAUUGAAGAUGAAGACCCAUUGCCACCCCAAAGAGUAACCAUUCAGGAUUUUCAGUUUAUCAAGGUGCUCGGUAAGGGCUGUAUGGGAAAGGUGCUUUUGGUUCGGCACUUGCGUACCUCUCGCCUGUUGGCACUUAAAGCCAUCAGUAAAGAAUGGGUGAUUACUCAAAGUGAGGUUGAACACACACGCAUGGAACGAAAUAUUCUUACAACCAUUGCACACAUACGACAUCCUUUUUUGGUCAAGUUGCACCACUCAUUUCAAGAUGCAUCCCAGUUAUUCCUAGUCUUGGAUUACCAUGUCGGCGGUGAUCUAGCCACACAACUAGCCAAAUUCACUCGCUUUACACCUGACCGGGCCAGAUUGUACACGGCCGAGAUUGUGUUGGGAUUGCAAGAAUUACAUCGACUGGGGAUUCUUUAUCGUGACCUGAAACCUGAGAAUAUAUUGCUAGCAGCAGAUGGCCAUAUUAUCCUGACUGACUUUGGACUCUCGAAGCAGUUCACACCUGGAAUUAAUAACGAUGAUCAUCGAACUCGCACAUUUUGUGGGACAGCAGAGUAUUUGUCUCCCGAGUUAUUGCGGGGAGAAGACUAUGCAUUUGCAGUGGACUUUUGGAGUCUUGGGACGAUCCUAUAUGAAAUGCUGACAGGUGUUACCCCCUUUUGGGCCGAUACACAUGCAGAGAUGUACAAUCGGAUUGUAGAGGACCCACUUGAAUUUCCUGAAGACUUUGAGCCCGUGACGGCCAACUUCAUCAGUGGUCUUUUACAGCGCGAUCCUGCCAAUCGGCUCGGGGCCGGUCCAGAAGGACCCAUCACCAUUCGAUCCCAUCCUUAUUUUGAUACCCUUUCUUGGUCCGAAGUGUUCUAUAAGCGCACCCGACCCCCUUAUGUCCCGCUUGUGAGAUCCGAAACAGAUUUUAGUAACUUUGACCGAGACUUUUUGGAAAUGACUCCCCGCCUCAGCCCACCCAAUGAAGAUGCCUUGUUGACCCAAAGUGUCCAGCAGGCGUUCCACGGCUAUUCCUAC